CGCGUGACGCGCGCCGACGUCACUGCGCCUCGCUCCGCCCUCGGCCGAUGGCGGGAAUCUUCCUGGGGUCGAUCCUAGCGUCGCGCCUCCUGGGCUCUCGAGGAAGCUACCGGCCUGUAACGCCAUGGCGGGCGCCCUGACGGGAGUCACGCUGCCCGCUGUCGUCGAGGAACUCCUGACCGAGAUGGCAGCGGCGGUGCAGGAGGAGGCGCGAAUUCCUGAUGAACUUUUAUCAUCACUGAAGUUCAUCUUCGGCCCAUCAGCCAUCCAGGCCUUGGACCUCGUGGACCGACAGUCCAUCACCUUAAUCUCAUCGCCCAGUGGGAGGCGUGUUUACCAGGUACUUGGAAGUUCUGGUAAAACAUACACAUGUCUCGCUUCUUGUCAUUACUGUUCAUGUCCUGCCUUUGCUUUCUCAGUGCUGCGGAAGAGUGACAGCCUUCUGUGCAAGCAUCUCCUGGCAGUUUAUGUCAGUCAGGUAAUGAGGACCUGUCGACAGCUGAAGGUCUCUGACAAGCAACUGACUGACAUAUUAUUCACAAAGAAGAAACAAAUGUAGAAGGUAUAGACAGCAUUGUUAUCUUUCAAUAUAGAAGUCCUACCCAGAAACACCUUUAACACACCAAGGUUCACGUGGAAAAGAGAUGAAAUAGAUCUUCUGGAGACAUCUUGUCACUGUUUCUUUGCCCUCCUAGACAAGAGACCAUGAGUUUAAAGCCAGGACAUGGAUAUGGUUUGAAGCUCUACCAUUCUCCCCCCCAAAAAAAAAUAUGAGCCCCGUGUGUAAAUUCCCUGGAUGGAAUCAAGCAUUUUAGGCUCAAUCAAAACCCAAUAUCAUGUCCUGUCUGCAGAUGGUCAGAUUCUUAAACUACUGAAGUACUAGUAAUUUUUAAGAGGUUGGAAUGGUAGACAAAACUGGUCAGAUGAAGUUUAGAUGAGUGUUACUUCCUUUCUUGGGAUCCAGGAAGUUACUCUGCAGCAGUAAAAGAUCAGAGCAGAGAUGCGGCUGACCAGCAAGUAUAAAAAGACUGAGGGAUUCUGGUUGCAGAGAGCUUUGGCUUAUCUGUGGUGUUGGUGCCAGAAAAGCUUACAUAGGUUGUAUUGUUAAAAAGGUAGUGUCUAAAACAAGGAAAGGGGUGGUUUUGCUCUGCAUGCAUCAUGGAGCUUAUAACAAGCCAAAUGAAGGAAGCGACUAAGCAUCAUGCCCUCAAGAAGGCAAAGAAACUACUUUCCAGGGAUUUCCAGUCUGAAGAAGAAAAAUCCGAAGAGGAAUAUUUUCAAAGGGAGAGAGAUGGGACUCAGUUGGACCCAGGAAGAGUGAAGGAGCCAUGACGGUGACAAUGAGACCGCAUUCAGCCCAGGAGAACUUCUCAGUAAAUAAAGUUAUUUACAGCUGGAAUAGGAGCCAGGAAGUCCAGGAAUGCUCUGGGCCCCACGGGGGCUCAUAAAUCUGCAGCGUCCUUGUCCUUGCAGGGAUACUGCAGAAGGAAAUGCAGCAGCAAACAGACAAGACAGACUUUACAGCCCAGGAAACCUCCAUCCUUGUGCCCCCAGAAACCUAGGGUUGCUGGUACAUGAACACCAUAUGGAAAGGGCACAGGUGAGGCAGUGUUCCCUGGUGGGCCAAGCCUUGUGCAGCAGCCAUAAUAUCAAGACUUGACUUCUUGGGGAAACUUGAGCUGCGUAUAAACUUCUCUUUUGAAGUGGCAUUCAGAAUAAAGAAGAGAAGGUAGAUUCAGCAUCCUAA